AUGCGACUCGCGCUGUCAGAGCGCGCGAAAAUCCUGUUCCGCGCUUCCCUUCCCUUCCCCUUUCCGGAUUCCGCCUCCCUUCGUGCGUCCAACGCGCUGCUGGAGUUCGUGAGGGUGGUGGAGGCCAAGGAGCAGGUGGUGGCCGGCACGCUGCACCACCUCACGCUCGAGGCCAUCGAAGCGGGCAGCAAGAAGGUCUACGAGGCCAAGGUCUGGGUCAAGCCCUGGCUCGACUUCAAGGAGCUUCAGGAGUUCCGUCACAAAGGGGACGCCACCGCCUUCAUCAACGCUGACCUUGGCGCCAAGAAAGGUGGACAUGAGCCCGGUUGGCGUGAUGUGCCUGUACAUGAUCCUGCAGUCAAAGAUGCUGCAAACCAUGCUGUGAAACCAAUCCAAGAGAGGUCAAACUCCCUGUUUCCAUAUGAACUUGUUGAGAUCCUUCGCGCAAAGGCAGAGGUUGUGGAAGACUUUGCAAAAUUUGGCAUUCUGAUGAAACUGAAGAGAGGUACCAAGGAGGAGAAAAUCAAAGCUGAGGUCCAUAAGAACCUGGAAGGGGCUUUCGUGUUGAACCAGCAUCAGCCGGCGGAGCAUGAUGAAUCCAGCAGUCAGUGA